AUGUCAAUUGAUGAGCAAUAUGUGGUUGGAGGAGGGAUAUGUAUGGGUGCUUGUAUCGUACUUCAUGAUGAUAAUGUUCCCUAUAUUGAUUUGACUGUGGAUUUAACAAAAGAAGAAAUCGAGAAAAGAGACACAUGGUUUUAUAAACUAAAAUUGUUUCUUUGGGAUUCAGUGGACAAGCACCCAUUGGAAAAGUCCUUUCUGCUAAAGUUAGACUUUUUCCUUUUAUCUUCCUCCAUGCUGGGUUACUUUAUCAAAAAUCUGAACCAAUCAAACGUUGGUACUGCUUAUGUUAAUGGUAUGAAAGAAUUCUAUCACAUGGACGGUAAUCAAUACAAUUAUAUGACAACCCUCUGGACUGUGGGUUAUAUUAUUGGACAAAUCCCGUCAAAUUUAAUCCUUCAUCGUAUUUCCGCUAGAUAUUAUUUGGCUGGUUUAGAGUUAUCAUGGGCCAUCUUGACUGCACUUUUAAUCGUACCAAAAUCAUUGAAUGGUAUUUAUGCUCUCAGAUUUCUUAUUGGUUUGUUAGAAUCAGGUUACUUCCCCGGGUUAGAAUAUUUGAUUGGUUCAUGGUAUAGUAGAAAAGAACUAACCAAGAGAUCUACUUUCUUUGCAUGUGCGGGAACUGCAGCAGGGUUGAUAACUGGUCCUUUGCAGCAAAGCAUUCUUGACUCAAAAUGGGCACAAAAAGGUUUGGAACCUUUCCAAUGGAUGUUUGUUAUUGAUGCUAUCAUCUCUGCACCAGUUGCUUUCUAUACUUUGUUUGCUGACCCAAAUACUCCUUCCACCACUACUGCAUUCUUCUUCAAUGAAACUGAUAAAAAGGUCGCUUUAGAAAGAAGAAGAAGAAUCGGUGCACAGCUGAACACUAGGGAACCUUAUACUUGGACAAAGAUAAAAUCAUUUUUCACCACAUGGCACAUUUGGUUACUACCUGUCUUGUUCUUGACAUUCAACAACUCAUUCACUCCAAUAUCUCAACAGUCCUUCCAGCUUUGGAUGAAAAAUGGGUUGAAGCUGAAGCCUUAUCAGUAUAAUAUUUAUCCUACUGCUAUUUCAGCUGGUGGUAUUGGGUUUGCUCUCUUUGUGGCUUAUACAAAUGACUAUUUCCAUGGGAGGUUGAAUCCAUUAUUUCUUUCGUUCAUGUUCACGUCUGUUGUCUUUAGUUGUGCUUGCUUGUCUGUGUGGAACAUUCCAAUAGGCCUUCAUUGGUAUUCUUACUUUGGUAUUGGUAUUCCUUUAAGUGCUGGACAGCCACUUAUAUUCUCAUGGGUUAAUAGAAUGCUUGCACAUGAUGAUAUGAAAAGGAACUUUGUUGUUGUUUGUACAAAUACCUUGGCAUAUGUAACACAAUCAUGGGUUCCAGUUCUUACUUUCAACCAAACUCAGAACCCAGAGUUUCAUAUUGGAUUUACUUAUACAGCAUGUCUUUCUUCGUUAGGGUUGGUGUGUACAUUGGUGUCGUUUUUCUUGAGUUCCCGUGAUGACAAGAGAAAGAAAGAAGAGUUCAUCAAGAAUGGUGAAGAGAUUCCAGACUUUGGCUAG